UGUGCGCUCUGGAAUUGGUUCGAUCCAAUAUGCUCUUACCCGCCUGUUCCAUCUGAUCUGUCUCGUCUCUAACAAUAUUCACUCUGGACAUAUCCGCGUCCCUCCUACCAGCCGUCCUUCUGUAACCGCUACGAGGUCGGUACUAAUGCUCUUGAUGAUGCUGCUCUGUACUGUGGUCUCUCUUAGACUUGCGAUCAGCUCUACGACCUCGCCUAGGGGGGAGGUGGAUACGCCUCGUUUUGUGUCGUUUGCGAUUCAGUUGCUCCGGGUAUGUUCUGCACUGACUGCAGUGUUCUUGUCCGUGUCUUCGGCGACUGCUGGGCCUCUAGCAUCUUCGCACUGUGUUUCCUCAUACGUCCCUUCGGGGCUGCUGGCGGGGCUAGAGGUGGUGUUGCUGGUACACGUACAGGAGUUGACGUAGGCUUUGGCGCGGUGGUCGGUAUCCCGCAGGGGGCCCCCUGCAGCGGGAUCUAGUUAAGCGAAAGGCGCAGCGGAGUGGGGGCGGACAG